CGUCCGGUUCAGACAAAGUGGUAGCAUGACAACAGCAUAUGAAUGGGUCUGUGGUGGGCCUCUAGUAAGCUUUGCGCCUCGGGGAGCUUACACGUAAUAUUUUGGCAACAUUGUGAAUUUUUUUUGCCUCAAAUUUCCCCGUUGUCCCAAUUCUUCCUAGGGCUUGAAGAGCUAAGGUAGCUUAGCAUCAUCUCCUCGAUCUUAACAUUAUGCUAACCGGCAGUGAUUAGCUAACGUUAGCUAGCUAGCUAACCGUUAGCAGUUUUCAAUAAUGUUGAAAUAGUUGACCUUAAUGGGUAGGCAAAUAAGAAAUUUACACUUUCGACAAAGUAUACAACGUGUGUGAUAGUCUGCUUUGGAGUAAAUAAUUUCAAAAUGGACCUCAAUUUUUACUCCGAACUGUCGGAUAGUUGCGCACAAAAUGUUGAUUCAGAGUUUUUGGACACCCAAGCAUAUGGUGGUUACUCUGAGGAAAAUAAGUUUCCAGAGGGCAGCGACAGUUACCUCACCAUCAGUGGAGCGGGCCACCCUUUCUUGUCCGCCGAGCAGACAUUCCAUACCCCCAGUCUCGGGGAUGAGGUUUUUGAGAUCCCCCCCAUCUCCCUCGAUCCAGACCCGACUCUGAGCAUUAGCGAUACAGUGUCUCACUUUGAGUUGACCGAUGGGUCAGACGGUACCGGGGGACCUUCAGGAUCCCGUAGCCUUGUUAGCAACCUGGUGGUGGAGGCCAAUGACCCUUCCUUCGCUUCCACUUUCGUGAACUCUGGGUCUCAAGGUCUGGAGCAGCUGAACCUCGGGGCAAUGGGCCAGGCUGGUGGUGGAGCCCUGCUCAGCUCUUCUGCUUUGGAACUGGGGAAUUCCAGCGGUUCACAUUUCAGCAGCUCGUCCCCCAUGACCAUUGAUGUCCAACUUGGUGACAUCGGUCAUGGUCUUUUAGGGAGCAGUCACCUGUCUACAAUUAACCAGUCUGAGCUGGCAAUGGGUCUCGGGGGAGAAAACAUCAGGCAUCAUUCAGAGACACCUGAGCAGCCGCUGUCUGCAACACCGUCACCAGCUGGCUCCCUGCAGGAUGAGGACAUGGAUGACUUCAAGAGGAGUGUGCUGGUAGACUCCCCCAUGUCUUUCUCCUCCUCCUCUACCCUCUCCCACAUGUCCUCCCACUCAGCUCCUACAUCUUCUGUGUCCCCGGCUGCGGCCAGGAGGGGUGGGGGCAAGCCGGCCACACUGGCCUCAGUGUCUGGGGCGGUGGGCGCUAAGAAAGGAAGGAAGAAGAAAGACCCUAAUGAACCACAGAAGCCUGUUUCAGCGUAUGCGCUGUUCUUCAGAGACACUCAGGCAGCUAUUAAGGGCCAAAACCCCAACGCCUCUUUUGGGGAGGUGUCAAAGAUUGUGGCUUCAAUGUGGGACAGCUUGGCCGAGGAACAGAAACAGGUGUAUAAGAGGAAGACAGAAGCAGCCAAAAAGGAGUAUUUGAAAGCACUGGCAGCUUAUAAAGCCAACCAGCUCUCACAGCCUGUCACUGAUGAGAUGGAGACCGCCCCUUCACCACCUCCGCCAGUGGUCAACCUGACACCUGCAGCCCUUCCCUCUGCUGGACCCAUCCGCCCUGCUAACAACAACCUGGAAGAGAACACCAUCACCAACAUUUGUGCCUCCAACAUCAUCCUGGAUGUCCCAGAAAUGACCACACGUUCCCGCACGGGGGCAACCAAAGCCACUGCUCCAGCAGCUGCAGUACCCCCGGCUCAGACCAUCACCAAGAUCAUAAUCCCAAAGCACAUGUUGCAGGCUGGGGGCCAGGUGGUCACUGUGUUGCCAGGAGGGGUCCGCACCUUGCAGCCUACGCUUGUAGUGUCGGGGGCCUCUCGUCAGCCACCUCCGCUGCAACAGAUGCAGAACGCGCCACCUCCGCCCAGGCUUCAGCAAAUGGCACCAGCACCUCCACCUUUACAGGCCAAGCCCCGCGAGGGAAGCAGCACGCCAGGUCUCCCUGUGUCCGUCACAGCUACACCUCCGCCUCCACUCCAGAUAAAAAUAGUCCCUGCUUCCUUGCAGGGCAAAGAUGCCCUGCCAAUUAUUGUACCUAAUACAGUGGCUGUGUCGUCUACUGCAACGAUAUCUGUCCAGUCUGCACCCGUUGUGUCAGUGCAGGUGGUGAACUCUGCUGACACGUCAGGCAAUACAGAGGAGGAUGAAGUUACAGAAGUGUUGCCUUCAGAAGAGGAUGAGAUGGAGAUGAAUGAGUCCAGUGAUGCUGCAGCUAUGAGGAGUGUGUGUGUGAGGGCAGGUUGCAACAACCCGGCCGUUGAGAGCGAUGACUGGGACAAAGAAUACUGCAGCAAUGAGUGUGUGGCCACUCACUGCAGGUGUGUAGAAGUUUUCUUUACAUUUUGUUUCCAGCAGACAUUCACAAACUUUUUUGAACAUAAUAUUUUUUGUUUUUCAGAGAUAUAUUCAGAGCAUGGUGUUCGAUCAGGAAUCAGACCAUGGGAACAGUCAAAUAAAGAGCAGCUGCCACCAAUCACAUCAGCAGAACACCAGUCAGCUACUGUUCACGGACGGAUGCAGAACCGGUGCAGUACAGAAAAGUCAAGUGUAUUUCACUGCAGUGUCAGUUCUCUCAUUGUUUUGUACAUGUACUGUAGGUUGCUGUUCAGGACAAUAAACAAGUAGUAUUGCUAAAUGGCGCUUAAUUAGGACAGCGAUUCCAUGUUAGCAAUUUUGGCCCAAACAAAGUGUUUGAUGUGUUAUGUUUGAUUAUGUAUACAGCUUUUAUUCAGGCAUCAAGGGACUUCAAGGCAGCUAGAGAAGAUCAGCACAAUGAAGUAUUUAAGUUGGUCAAGAUAAUGGUAUUCUUACUUUUUUUUUUUAUUAUAGCCCACACAGGUCAAUUUAUACUUGUUAACUGUAAAUUGUUGGAAAAGUGUUUCUUAAAACUCUCUGACAAAGAGGAUGAACAUUUUGAGACAUGACUAUACAGAGCUCAGUGUCGAUUUGAAAUUGAUGCUCUGAAAUGUUCUGGUGUCUUUUGCAACAAGCAAGCGAAACAAUUCAACUUGUUUCUUUACAUAGCUGAAAUAUGCAUUAGUCUGAGCAGGAAAAUAGUUUCUACCACUGUACCUGUUUUUGUACUGUGGCACUACAGCGGCCUUCUAGGUUUAAUGUUGCCUUCAUUUUUUUUUUGUAAAAUACAGCUCAGAUCAUCAGCACUUGUUAAAAGACUCGACUUUUAUGUUUUCUUAAUAAAUCAGCAAAAUUGCUCAAUCCAGUGCUUUUUCUCUUUUUACUCUCUUAAAGCACGCCUGUUGUAACUUAAACCUGCCUGAUCUGAUCUGACCAGUUGCUUAUAGAAGGUCAUUUGACAAACUCAGAGUUCUGGCUCUGAUAUGUAGAAUUUGUAUGAUUUACAAUCUGAGUUGUUCUGAUUAUAGAGGUUUUUGUUUGCAGAAAAAGUGGUGAAGUCUGUUGCUUUCAGCUCAUUCAUCUCAUUUCCCCUGCUGUAGUUAGCUACAACAUUUGCAUCUUUGUUUUUUUUAAUGAUAUUACAAGGAUAUAGUUUUACCCAUCUUUGAAAUACUAAGCUAAAGGGUAGAGAGUUUAAUUCUUGCUUUUCAGUUUGCAAGUGGUAAGACUGAUUUUCAUCUGUUAAAAUGCCUGCAACAUUGAGAAAUAUGUAAU